AUGUCGUCCACUGAAGGAAAAGUCUGUCAAUCACCUGGUUGUGGCAAGCCUGCCAAGCUCCAAUGUCCCACAUGCUUGAAACUCAAGAUUGAAGGCUCUUUCUUUUGCUCACAAGAAUGCUUCAAGAGCAACUGGGCAACUCACAAGGCUGUUCACAAGGCUAAAAUUGAGAGCCAACCACAUGAUCCUUUCACGGGCUUCAAGUAUACUGGUGAUUUACGUGCUGUUUAUCCUUUGUCACCCAAGCGCGAGGUACCUGCACAUAUCAAGCGACCUGACUAUGCCGAAACUGGUAUUCCCAUUUCCGAGCAACGUGUACGCUCUAGCUCGGUCAUCAAGGUAUUGAAUGCUGAAGAGAUUGAAGGCAUGCGUACUGUCUGCAAGCUUGCACGUGAAGUUUUGGAUAUUGGUGCCGCUGCCAUCAGACCUGGUAUCACUACGGAUGAAAUUGAUCGCAUCAUUCACGAAGCUACUAUUGAACGCAAUGCUUAUCCAUCUCCCUUGAACUACUAUCACUUCCCCAAGUCCGUGUGCACCUCAGUCAAUGAAGUCAUUUGCCAUGGUAUUCCUGAUAAGCGUGAGCUCAAGGAGGGUGACAUUGUGAACUUGGAUGUGACCUUGUACUACAACGGUUUCCAUGGUGAUUUGAAUGAGACCUACUGCGUCGGCAAGGUUGAUGAAAAGGGUCAAAAGCUCGUGAACACCGCCCGUGAAUGUUUGGAAAAGGCAAUUGCUAUCGUUAAACCUGGCAUCAAGUACCGUGAUUUUGGCAAGGUUAUUGAAAGCCAUGCUACGGCCAAUGGAUUUUCAGUCGUCCGUACAUUCUGUGGUCACGGCAUCAACCAGCUCUUCCACUGUGCACCUAACGUUCCUCAUUAUGCCAACAAUAAGGCCAUUGGUGUGUUGCGUCCUGGUCACGUAUUCACUAUUGAACCCAUGAUUUGUGAAGGCACUUGGAGAGAUGAAAUCUGGCCCGAUAAUUGGACUGCAGUUACAGCCGAUGGCAAGCGAUCAGCACAAUUUGAGCACACCAUGUUGGUGACCGAGACCGGCGUUGAAAUCUUGACAUAG